UCACCUGGUUUUAACGUAAGAGGAUGAAAUCUUGCUUCUCAAGUUUCUACCUUCACUCUGCCCUUUCUAAGUGAUGGCAAGCGGUGGCGCUAACCAGCAACAAACGCCCGCCUACAAGCCGUACCGUCACAUAAAAACUCUAACAGCACACCAACGGGCAGUAUCGUGCGUCAAAUUUUCAAACGACGGAACCCUCUUAGCCUCCGCUUCCCUCGACAAAACCCUGAUUAUCUGGUCUGCGUCGUCCCUCUCCCUUAUCCACCGCCUCGUUGGCCACUCGGACGGUGUUUCGGACCUGGCCUGGUCAUCCGACUCCCAUUACAUCUGCUCGGCAUCCGACGACCGCUCCCUCCGCAUCUGGGAUGCACGCGCCCCCUUCGAUUGCCUCAAGAUCCUCAAGGGCCAUUCCGACUUCGUCUUCUGCGUCAACUUCAAUCCACAGUCGAAUCUCAUCGUUUCAGGUUCCUUCGAUGAGACUAUUCGCAUUUGGGAAGUGAAAACAGGCAAGUGCUUGAGGGUGAUAAGGGCCCACUCCAUGCCGGUGACAUCGGUGCACUUUAACCGUGACGGUUCGCUGAUCGUAUCGGGUAGCCACGAGGGGUCGUGCAAGAUUUGGGAUGCCAAAGAAGGAACUUGCUUGAAAACUCUAAUCGAUGAUAAAGAUCCCGCGGUCUCGUUUACCAAAUUCUCCCCAAAUGGGAAAUUCAUUCUGGUUGCCACUCUCGACAGCACUCUUAAGCUGUGGAAUUACUCAACUGGUAAAUUUUUGAAAAUAUAUCAAGGCCAUACGAACAGAGUUUACUGUAUAACAUCGACAUUCUCUGUUACAAGUGGGAAAUACAUUGUUAGUGGAUCCGAGGAUAAAUGUGUUUACUUAUGGGAUCUCCAAUCGAAAGCCAUGAUGCAGAAACUUGAAGGCCAUUCUGAUACUGUAAUUUCUGUCACCUGCCAUCCUAGCGAGAACAAGAUUGCCUCCGCUGGCCUUGAAGGGGACAGAACAAUUAGGAUUUGGAUGCAAGAUGCAUGACUUUGUUAAAAUGACCUGUUUGUGUCCUCCCUUUAAGUUAUAGCUUCAUAUAAUACCGGUUGUAGUGAAACGACACUCACAUCUCACUUGAAGAGCGUUAACAUUUCAUAUGGAUACACAGAUUGGUCUUUGACUGAUAUUGAGGUUAUAUGUGCAUAGGCAAAGUAUAUUGCAUGAACA